AUGGCGGAUUGUGAAGUUCAGAAAUUAACUGAUGAGGGUGUUGUUGACUGGAGGGCUAGUCGGAGGAUGAUUCAUGCUACAGCUCAAAAAUUAACUAUGAAAAAUUACAAUGAUUUAAAAAUUGGCCUGGGGCUCCUCAACAUAAGAUCUAUAAUAUCAAAAUAUGAAAUGGUGUGUGAUAUAAUUUGUGGAGAAUUGGAUAUUCUUGUAUUAACUGAAACAUGGCAUGGGUCGUCAGAUGAGUUUGCUGUUCGAUGCGCGAUGCCCCCUGGUUAUAAGUUUGUAGAUUACGUCAGACCUCACGAUCCAUAUCAUGGCGGAAUUAUAAUUUAUUUCAAGAAAGAGUUCAUUUAUAAACCUGUUGAGUUACCCGCCGUGAUAACUUUUGAAGCUGUUGCAAUUAAAUUGAGAGUAAACAAAUCUGAUUUUAUUUUGUUAUCAAUUUAUAGACCUGGAUCGGUUCCUCCUUCACCAUCGUUCUUUUCAGAGCUAGCGAAUGUUUUAGAAGUUUUAUCUCUGUUAAGUGAUAAAAUCGUUGUUGCGGGAGAUUUUAAUGUUCAUAUGGAGAGAAAAGAUGAUCCAAACACAGUCUCACUGAAUGAGGUUUUCGAUUGUUUUCAGUUGGUUAACAGGAUUAACGAACCAACGCAUGAAUUAGGUGGAUCGAACCAUUUUUUGUUUCUAUAUUAUCAUCUUGGCAUGGCCCUCCAUGGAACCAUCGAACCAUGGAGGGCCAUGCCAAGAUGA